AUGUCGUGCGGUGUUCCGCAGGGAUCGGUCUUGGGACCGCUCCUGUGGAACAUCGGCUACGACUGGGUGCUGAGAGGUGAACUCCCGUUGGGCGCCGACUUGACGUGUUAUGCGGACGUCACGCUCGUCACUGCCCGGGGGAGUUCGCACAGGGAAGCAGCGUUGGUUGCCACGGCUGCGGUGUCACAAGUGGUGAACCGCAUCCGGCGCCUGGGCCUGGAGGUGGCCCUAAAUAAGUCGGAGGCCAUGGUGUUCCAUGGCCCUCGACGCGCGCCGCCGCCGGGUUCACACAUCGUGGUCAGCGGGGCCCGGAUAGCUGUCGAGUCCACCAUGAAGUAUCUGGGAUUGGUGCUCGACAGCCGAUGGGAAUUCGGACCCCACUUCCGGCGGCUAGCGCCCAAGCUGAUGGGUGCAGCGGGCGCGCUAUCAACGUUGCUUCCCAACUUGGGGGGCCCGAGCGCCGCCUGUAGGCGGUCGUACAUGGGAAUCGUGCGGUCCAUGGCCCUGUAUGGGGCCCCUGUGUGGGCGAUGGACAUGACGGCCAGCACUCUCGCCAUUCUGCGUAAACCGCAGAGGGCGAUGGCCGUCAGAGUCGUUCGCGGGUAUCGCACGAUUUCCUACGAGGCGGCUUGCGUCCUGGCCGGAUCCCCGCCCUGGGACCUAGAGGCGAAAGUACUCGCGUCAUUAUAUCGAUGGCGCGAGGAAGAGCGGGCACGGGGCUCGAGGCCGGUGCAGCGACAGAUCGCGCUGCGCCGAGAGGAGCUCCGUCAGGUCUUGGUGGCGGAAUGGCGGCAAAGGCUUCUGCGCCCUACCGCCGGCCUCGCUACCGUCGAGGCGAUCCAGCCAGUACUCGACGACUGGCUCGGGAGAAGGCACGGCUCCCUGUCGUUUAAGGUGACGCAGGUGCUGUCGGGGCAUGGCUGCUUCGGCGAGUACCUGCGCCGCAUAGACAGGGAGCCGGACGCUCGGUGCCACCACCGCGUCCAUUGCGGGGAGGACACGGCGCAACACACGCUCGCCGAGUGUGUAGCUUGGGAGGAGCAGCGCCGUGUCCUCACAAAUAAAGUAGGAGGCGAUCUGUCGCUGCCGGCCUUAGUGCGGAAGAUGGUCGGUAGCGCAGAGUCGUGGGAUGUUAAUCAGUAUUAUUCUUAUUGUCUAAAUUUCAAAUCAUCAGUAAGAAGUGCUAUAGUUAUCAAGCCUAAGCUUUUAUCUACAUCUUUUGUGAUUAAGUGUUACUAUUGCCUACUUAUAACUAUUGCUAUUACAACUAUAUUAUCUUAA